AUGGUGAUGAAUAGUCAAGCUUUCUUGGUGACAUUAAUUGCAUUACUUGUAACUCAACUGCCUUCACUAAUUGCUAAAGAUUGUCCAUUAGAUUUGACUUCAUCAAAUUUCACUCUAGUAGCUUCAGUGUGCUCCAACAUAACUGAUAGAGGCAAAUGUUGCCGUUACAUGAACGCUUUCAUUGCGGUAUCCGUGGCUCGUUACGCUAAUUUGUCAACUAAUCUUGGAGUCACGUCCGAUUUAUCUGAAGCAUGUAUUGGUUCAAUCUCUAAAGCCAUGGAACUCUACGGAGUUUCGAAGACCGCAACUAGUUUCUGCGGUUUAGGAACCAAGAUUCUUGUUAAGUAUAGCUGCGAAGGUCGAACCACUGUAACACAAAUGCAUCAGUCUCCAAAGUUUGGCCAUGUUUCAAGAAAUUGCAGGCUUCCACUUUCGCCGGCAAACCGAUGCAGGAAAUGUUUAAAUUCUGGUAUCACUUACCUUCGUAAUCUCGUAGGUGUAGAGAACAAUAACAUUACAAUGAGUACUUGCCGUGACGCGACUUACGCUGCAUUAGCAAGCCGAAUUGACGAUGCAUCGGCUCUUGAACUACUUGGUUGUUUCUUUCAAGUGACUGAGCUUAGCAUACCUUCAGAUUCAUUUCCACCAGUAGCAAGUCCAGGACCUUCUCCAAGCAUGGAUGGUGCUAUUAGCCCAAACAACAGUGACUAUCUACUGACUCCAAGUCAAAGUAACAAUCCAUAUCACUUAACAAUGGUUCCAACCAUUGGGAUUGUUGUUACAGCUGUUGCUCUUACAAUGCUCGUAGUCCUGGUGAUUCUUAUCCGUAGAAAAAACCGGGAACUCGACGAAUCCGAGAGUUUGGAUAGAAAUUCAACAAAAACAAUUCCUUCUCCUAUGCCUGUAUUCAAGAUUCAUGAAGAUGAUUCUUCACCUUUCCAAAAAUUCAGCUACAAGGAAAUUGGAAAUGCAACGAAUGAUUUCAACUCGGUGAUCGGUCACGGAGGUUUCGGGACUGUUUACAAAGCCGAGUUCAGCGAUGGAUUAGUUGCAGCUGUGAAAAGAAUGAACAAAGUCUCUGAACAAUCUAAACAUGAUUUCUGCAGAGAGAUAGAGCUUUUAGCUAAGCUACAUCAUCGUAACCUCGUUGCUUUAAAAGGCUUUUGCAUCGAAAAGAAAGAAAGGUUCUUGAUCUAUGACUAUAUGGAAAAUGGCAGCUUAAGAAACCACUUACAUUCCAUUGGAAAGGCUCCACUUAGUUGGGGAACAAGAAUGCAAAUCGCGAUCGAUGUGGCGAAUGCUUUGGAAUAUCUUCAUUUCUAUUGUGAUCCACCUCUCUGCCAUAGAGAUAUUAAAUCAAGCAACAUAUUACUCGAUGAGAAUUUUGUCGCCAAACUUUCGGAUUUUGGCCUUGCACAUACGUUUAGAGAUGGUUCUGUUUCCUUUGAGCCUGUUAAUACCAAUAUUCGUGGAACUCCAGGUUAUGUUGAUCCGGAGUAUGUAAUAACAGAAGAGCUGACGGAGAAGAGUGAUGUUUACAGCUUCGGAGUUGUGUUGCUAGAGAUCAUUACCGGGAGAACAGCGGUCGAUGAAGGUAGGAACCUCGUUGAAAUGUCUCAGCGGUUAUUGGCGAAUAAAGCAAGACACCGUGAUUUGGUAGACUCGAAAAUUAAAGACUCCAUUGGUGAUGUUGAAGGAAAUCAGCUUGAAGCUGUUGUGGCGGUUGUGAGAAUGUGUACUGAGAAAGAAGGCCGGUCUAGGCCGACGAUCAAGCAAGUCUUGAGGUUGUUAUGUGAAAGCUGUGAUCCGUUGCAUGGCGGUUUUGCUAAAGCGGUUGAGGAAGAGAUAAUAGGACGCGAUAGUAGGAUGAGAACUGAUUCAAGAUUCCAAAGAGGCAAUAGCCGAGUCUUCGGUCCAUCGUCUAGUACAACUUCCAGGUCACCUUACAGCCAGAGUUUACCUCACUCUCCAAUAAAUGGACUCUCUUUCUAA